CGUGCGUUCUGUGGCGCGCGCGCAUUGUGAUCUGUGGCGUUUGUCAAGUUGGAUCUCUGUUCUAUGCAUCUGUGGUUGGACGCUGUUUUUGACGUUGACGUACCCUUGUUUACAUCGCCCACAGGUGACCAUGUUCACGGCGAAGGAGUAUGAGCUCUAUUCGCUUGUCUGGGCACAGCAAGAAGCCCAGAUAGACGCACUAGAGAAGAAGCUUAUGAAACCGAUGCAAGUGCCUGACCAAUUGCAGGCGAUCGGCAAGAAGAAGAAAAAGACUAAAGCUAAGCAAAGCCAAAACUCUGUGAGCACGCUGACCGCCAUCGAGCACUCCGAGUACAUGUACCUGCUUCAGUGCUAUCAGCAGCGCAUUGUCACCAACCCCUCGCUCAAGGAGCAGCAAGACAUCAUUCGCUUGGCGGAGUUGCAGGCCCGAGUAGUGGCUGAACAGCAGGAAUUUCUCCGGCAGUGGCCGUGGGUGCCUGGUAGACGUCCUGAGACGUUUGCGAAAGGCAUCGAUUCCUGGGGCCAGAUGCAGCUGGCUCAAUUGAAGGACAAGUGGCCUAGAGAGCUCUGGGUACCAGUGGACAACGUCGAUAAGGUGUCGCUGCUCAAGGCCACACGAGUGUCACCACUUUUUUUGAGGCAUGUUGGACGCAAGGCCAGCAUUGUGGUACAGCCUAAGCCUGGUUGCGAGCUCUUGGCAUUACUAUCGCCGCAAGACAAGUUUCCUACGUCUGUGCAGCCCCACUCGAGCGCAAGUGACAGCGUCCCCAUCACUGCUGCUGUCCCGACGCUGGGGAAAAAUGGAGAGGACGAGGAACAAGGCCACGUAGCUGAGGGCGACGCUGAGGAUGUGCUCGCUCGUGCGCAGGAAGCGAUCCUGCUUGUUGACUUGGAGACACUGCUGCUGGACUGGCAAGGGUCUGCCUGGCUAUUGCCUCUCAGGAUAACAGAUAGUGGCCUGGUCUGCCUUGGGACUGUGCUGCCAUCUGGUACUGUACGUGAUUGGAAUGAGCGUUUAUUCAGCUGGCUUGUACACAAGUGGAUGGAAGACCACCAGAAGAAUGUAGUUGUGCCGAGGGCAGUAGGUGAAGAAGAAUCCGUGAAUCGGGUAACAGCACAGGCAGCAGAGCAACCCUUAGAGCAGCCCUCUAAGCAGCUCAAGCAACUGCAACUAGAGCAGCCGAUGGAACAGCCGGUGGAGCAGCCAUUGAAGAUGUCAGAGGUACAGCCGGCAGAAAAGGAGCCUGAACAGCCCACAGGAUGUCGUGCAGUAGCGCCAGUGGAGCAUUCAGGGGAAGAGAUGGCAGAAGAGCCAUCAAAGGACAUUGAGCAGGAGUCCCCUUCAUCACCGUGCCAAGAUUUGUAUAUCUGCAGCAGUCCCAGCAGCGGUGAUGAGCUCGUCAUUGAUGAGGGAUUACCAGGAUCUCCUUCGCGGACACCCACUCCAGUAUCUGCUUCUGACAGCGCUGCACCGGACGAUGCUGCGGGUUUUCCUUGUCCAGAGGGAAGCGUGUGGUACGACCUGUGGGAGCUGGCACCAGGUGGGAAACGUGUGCUGUUGCGGCACAAGGCACGGAAUGACGCCGACGGACAGCUGUGCACGGUUAUGGUCAAGCCCGAGUACCAGUCGCUACUAGGGGCAGAGGUUCUCAGUGCACUUGAGCAGAUCCGGCAGAUGGCACGGCUGUCCCUUUUUCCACGAUUGCUGAGAGUGAGAGUAGAAGUGCAGAGCGGCCACGUCUUGCUUGUGGAGGAAGUGAAGAGUGAACCUGACCACAAGGAUCUCAGGGUCAGCACCCUCUUUGGCCCAAUAAAUGCACUGGCUGACCAACUGCAUGGGUUGGCACCAGGAACAUACCUGCUGACUCACGAGGCAGGUGAGGGAGACGCCCAGCUAUUGACACCUGGAACAGGGGACGGAUUGGAUUUGCAUGCCGAGCUUGAUCGUCGUGCCCCGCAGAGGCCUUCCGCCGCAGCCUCUGGCAAAGUCCACGCUUCACCGUGGCCAGUGCCACGACUGGACCCGGAAGUGUUUUUCCCAGACCACUUCCAGCGGGGACGUGUCCCACUCACGUUCCCACCUGGUCAGUUCGAGGCAGCAACACAGCUUGCUGUAAGUCUGCAAGAGCCGUCUUGUAGUAGAGCUGGCCCCUCGUGCAAUGUGGACGCAUCAGCCACUGCGAGCAACAUGCGUCUGCGCAGUGGCAACACUGUCUCGCCCACCAGGAACCCCAUCCGCCGUGGCACAUUUCGUGGCAGGGGCCGUCCAAGCAGCGCGCCAGCCCCACACAGCGCAUUGUGAUAAACGAAUACACUGACCUGAGCGGCCAGGUGUAUGUGUGCAGUUGCCACAGUGCAUGUGUGCAACAAGUAUUUUUCAAAAUAUAAGCAAUUCAUGUUUUUUGUAUGGACUAAGUUGGAGGUAAGUUCUCUUUAAAAUGCUGGUUGUUAUGAAGGAGACUGGCACAUCAAAAUGAUGUUGAAUGAUCCGAGUUUGCAGUGUUGCAAGAAUGAAUGCUCUAGACUGAUUUGGUCCAAAGUUACAGCAUGUCAGACUUUUGUAAGCAGUAAGCGUUGUAACACCCUGGACAAAUUAUUACUUUUUGAAAAUGUCCGUAAUUAUGUUUGCUCAUAUUUUAGGCCUACUUCACUCCCCAUUUGUCCACCUUUCAGAAAAAAAAAUGAAUUAUUGCGAUAGGAUACGUAGUACCAGAGAUAUUGUCACUCCAAAACUACACCACCAUCAAAAAUACUGUUCGUGCUGAUUAUGGCGAACGCUUGAACACUAAAUUCAUCGAGGAUGGUACAGGGGUGCAACCAGGCAAGAAUUAAUGCUUUAGAACAAUUUGGACCAAAAUUAGAGCAUGCCAAAAUUUUCCAAGUAAAAGCCAAUAGUUACUUCCAGGAAAAAUUAUUAUUUUUAGAAAUUUUCUGUAAUAUUUACAGUCAAGUCUCGAAGGACUGCUAAAAAUCACUUGCUAUCUUGAAAAAUCGUAAUAGUGGAAAAACUUAAUUCUCCUUAAAAAUCGUAAAUGCAACAAAAGGAGUUGCCUGCGUUUGCUGGGAACACAUCCGCAAAUGCGUUAAUGUCUAACAAACACGAGAAAGAAAAAAAACGUGCAAGUUUGCACUUUGUCGUGCAAAGCUUAGCCACAGCAAAACUGUCGAUCCUCAAGUCCUAUUGGCUGCUACUGCUAGGUACAGUAAAACCUUGAUAAUUCGAACUCGGUUAAUUCGAAAUUUCGGUUAAUUCGAAGAAUUUGAGCGGUCCCGUCAUUUUCGAUGCAAAAUUCUACCGGAUAAUUGAAUGGGCCGCGUGGCGCUAUUCGGAUAAUUCGAAGUUUACGGCUGGCAGCAACGUGCGGCUGUUAUGUUAGGGCGCUCCGCAGUGCCUCCUCUUUAUGGAAUUUGUCGAAGGAUCACAUACAUGAAUAAUAACUGCAUUGUCAUUGCCAAUGCCAUUGUAUAUUAGAUGCUGCAAACGAAUUAUUAAACGCUACGCACUGUCAAGUACAAUAUGUAUUUUUUGAUAAAAGAAUAUAUUC